CCUGGGCAUCCUGUUCCUGGUCUUGGUCCUGUUACAAUCAAGCUCCUCCAACUUGGGACAUUCAGUUUGACCAGUAAUGGACUGAGCCAGCACAGCAAGAAAUGCUUUCAUCCCUGGCUGUGAUAAAAGAAGAUUCUAGAAGCAUGGAUAGACGGAGAGAGCUCCUUCCUAGCUCAACGUCAGAGCCUCAACAGAACUUCAACUCAAUAGAUUCCGCUCACAUCGCCUUGAUCACAAUAUACACGGUGGUGUUUAUCGGAGGUGUGUGUGGAGUCAUCAAAAUGUCCUUUUUGCUACUGAAAAUGAAUGCCUUAUCAGUGACUACAACAGCAGUCAUAAACUUAGUGGUAGUCCACAGUCUCUUCCUUGUGACUGUGCCGUUUCGCCUGUAUUACUACGCCACCAAAAAAUGGAUCUUUGGAACACCCUUUUGCAAAGUUGUGAGCGGAAUGAUACACUUCCACAUGUACCUCACUUUCCUGUUCUAUAUGAUUUUCUUGGUAAUCAGGUGCCUUAUCUUCUUUCAGUGGAAGGACAAAGUGGAAUUCUACAGGAAUUUGCAUGCUGUGGCGACCAGCAUAGCUGUGUGGAUUCUGGCUAUUGUCAUUGUGGUGCCAGUAAUAUUGUGCUGGUACGGGAAAACGGGGGUUUAUGCAAAUGGAAUGUGUUUUGAAUUUCACCAGGAGUUCAACAGUGACCCAGUGAAAGCUGUCAACUACAUUGUAAUUGCUGUAAUGGUUGCAAUAAUUUGCACCCUCUUGGGUUUACAAGUGUUCAUGAUUCAAAAGGUGGUGAAAACCCUUUCAGGGUCACUUUGGUCACAUCAAGAGUUUCGGGCGCAGCUGAAAAGCUUGUUCUUUAUAGGGAUCUUAAUGUUUUGCUUCCUCCCUAGUCACCUUUUUCGGAUUUAUUUCAUUCAGCAUGCAGAUGACAAGCGACUGAAUUCUGUCAAUGAAAUCUGCUUGGGCAUAACUGCCUUCAGCUGCCUUGAUCUGUUCUUGUUUGUGAUAACUGGAAGUAAAACCCUGAGGCAAAGAAUCAAUGGACUUUUAUGCUGCUAAAAACUUUGCAUUCUUCUGUAAGAAAGUCUUGGCGACAAGGUCAGCUGGGUAGGUGAAAGAUAUAUGACUUAAAGAUUCCCAGAAUACCAAAAUUAUCAUUAUGGGUUGCGUCUAACGGCUAUGUAAGCAGAAGGCAGAUUGUAAACCCGGUCUACCCUGCCAACUACCAGCCAGGCUCCCUAACGCUCCCUGUAUCCCUGCGAAAUCUCUCCAGAGAGCCCCUUAACAGUGUCACAUAGGACUGCAGUCGGAGGGUGCAGUCAUGCAGAAUUGAGGAAUGGCGUGUAGUGGUUUCUGGUUAACACAGAGUUAACA